AGCACAUUUCCCCACCGACCACAUUUGGGUGCCCCAGUCUACCUCUCACUCCUUCCACUUCUCCGUUUCGCACUCUCAGAAGCUAUAAAGCGAAGUGUUCGUCGUCGCUGAUGCCACAUCAUGUCUCGACCGUCCUCUCCUACAAAACAACAUGCGGAUGUGAGCGCAAUUUUCAUCGUGCGGAACCAAAUUGCGUUGGCUGACGGUCGUGUGCAGGUAGACAGCAUCAGCCAUAGCUCAUCGACUGAGACACCGCCAGCUUCAAGUACAGUUUCUCAGAGAGCGUUGCAACUGCCUUCUAAUUCGCGCAGCCGUACCGCGCGCUACCCCUCGCACCUGGGCCGCGGGGAUCCUGGACGCGUUUUUCUGCACAAACGCGGGACGUCGCGCAAGUAUGAGGCGCUCGAAGACCUGUUGCGGGAAGCGGGUUAUAAGGAGACGAGGAUUUUCUCGCCGGAGCAGGAGAGAGAGGAGGGGAGAAGAGAUGGAAGGAGGGGUGUUGGAGCGGUCGUGGGCUUCUUGACGGGAUUGAUGCCAGGGGGAAACAAGAUAGAGGAACAGCAGGCUGUCUCCAGCAGCGAAGAGGUUCCAAAGGAGUUGCCAUCACCAUUGUCACUCGCUGGCAAGAGCACACGGAGUUCGUCGUCAACACGACCCGUGGUUAUAGAAGACCUGUCUGAAAAUACCCCUAGCUCUCUGGGUAGUCCUCAGCGGCAAUAUGGCCGCAUUCCCCUCGGCCUCUCGUCAUCGGAACAUAGUCCAAGGUUCCAGUCGAGCGCAUCUGAGUAUCUGCGGCCUCUAUCCCAGAUAUCAGCUGCGCAGGACUAUCUUCGGCAUAUCGCAUCUUCGCCAAACAUCUCAAAGGCCACCAGGCAGAACACGCCGGCUCACUCGAAUAAGCCCGGUGGCUCAUCGAGGCUCAAAUUUGUCCAUGGCGAAGAGCCGCCGCCGAUGCCGUCGAACUGGCUGGACUCGGUUACACGAGCGGUGCUUCGCUCAUCGGCAUCUCAAGCUCACAUUGGAAGCUCAAGUAACGCAAAUAAGCGGUCCCAGCGAGGUUCCCGUUCGUCAAAGGAGAACCAGCCAGGGUUUUCCAGCAUGAGAAUGAAAAACAAGGUCCGGCCUGUGACGGGGUCGCUUCGCGCGCAGACUUUGGAGGGUACCGUCACGACGUGCAUGGUCGUGUGUCGUUCGGCACCUGCUUCUCGAUCAUCCUCUCGCGUAGGCGAGAGGCUAGUUCCCUUUGCCGAUAGGGGCAAAGCACGUGCCUCGUCGAGGCCCAAGUAUCAGAAGACAAGGUCAAGCGGCUCAGACGUCCCGACUCUCGCGCGGUGUAGGCUGGAGAACGAUGCCUGGGAUCUUGAGCAGACUCGUACAGGCGACGUAGCAGAGGCUGCCGUGUCUGACAAUGAUUUUUCGGACGACGACGACGAAGGCGAAGUCGACCUUGCGCGUAUCCUCGUUCCGCCGAAACGUCAAAAGUCGAUUCGCAGCCUGCGACAGCACCUGCACCGCAGCGACAGUAUCCGCGCACUGCGUGGCGAAUUUCUCCGACCCAUGGAGCCAUGGACACCGCAAGACGAUGACGUAGACCCUUCGCGACGUUCUCGUGGCACGGGCUCGAAGAGCAGACGUGGUUCCAUCGAGAACGGGUCCUACGAGCACUGCUAUCUGCAUGAGCCCCCGUCGUCGGCGAGGGCGCGUCGGGCGCUUCCCAACACUUGGUCCAGCGCAGCUUGACCCGGCUCUAAUAGCUUCGCCUUCGUUCGCAGCUUUUGUGCUGGCAGUCCACGAAAUGAAGGCACUUACAUGUGUCAAAGCGCAGCAGCUUGGCUCGCGCAUCUGUAUCAUGAUCCAUCUCCUACUACAGGGAUAUACUCACAUUAUUCUAUUAAUGUAUGCACCCUUUAACAGCAACGUAGACUCGUUCGCUAACCUAUCUCACUUACUUCCCUGCGCCUUUUUUAAUUAAUAUUCGCGUACUUACUCCAUUCAUUCCUUUGCUUCACCGUCUUAUUUACUUGCCUGGGCUGUACUAUAGACAUGGAAAAAUCAAAAUAUUCCGCGAUAAUGGAA